AUGACAAGCUACAGCAAGGACACAAAAGUUCUGCCGUCACCAAUCGGAGUCGCACCGCUCAAGCCGGCCACAUCUGACCCUACGACACCAACGUUGCCGGAUGAAGAGAGCAAACCUCCAUCCGAAGAGUUUACGCCAGCUCUAGAGUCGCCGCAUCUUCAGCCUUCCUCGAGCCCACCUAUGCCUAUACAGGUCUCGCGACACACCGCGGAUAGCUCGAAGCUUUCUAAGAGCCCAGAACACACAGCAAAGCACGUAUCAAGACGUUAUGGCGUUAUGAUAGACGCCAAAGACCCUGACAAAGAUUCGGACAAGGAAGACGCAUCUUCAUAUAUCAAGCUUCUGAUUGCCCUAUGUCAGAAAGGCUUCGGCCGAAAACCGUUAUUCAUGAUCGGUCGCGGCCGUGAGGGUUAUAAUUGCAUUGCGACCAUUGACGAAGACCGCAAAGAAGAGAUAGCUAAGGUGACCGGCUGCAGCACCAGGGAAGAGUCUCUGAGAUUUACACUGCUUCCAUCUUCCAUGACCAAGUCAUCUUCUGUGAAGCGAGCGGCCAUCAUACCCGAGAACGCACUAGCAUCGACACCCACCUGA